GAGAUAAAGAGUUUCGAAAGCCACAAAAGUGGAAGAAAUCCCAUUGACGUUGAUAAUUUGUACACGUGCAUAAUUCCGGGGAGCACCAGCAUCCCUCCUUUUUCUAUACAUUCCGAAGAGAAGAGCGAGAAUAAGCGAGAAGGAAGCAUCGGAGUAUCGGAGGGAGAACGAAAAGAGCGAGAAAAGUUGUGAAGCAUGGGAGCAGAGAAGCAGGCAACUGAAAUAGAAACGGCCACAUGGCGGGGUUCCUUGGCACUGGCUAUGUUUGUGCUAUGGCAAUACGAGCGAAUCACCGCCACUGAAAGUUUCAGCCGCAAAUGUGUACCAUGAGCACACACUCGCGGUGCUGUCGCGUAUAUACGCAGACGUAAUUCGAUGUGUACGGUGUAGAAGACGGCGUGUUAAACACGUGUGGGUUCUCGUCUUCAUCUCUCGGUGGUGGAUGUACGAGGAGGGCGAGAAGACGUGAAAGAGCGAGCCCGAUAGCGCGAGCGUUCGGAAGAAUAACGUGUACAAUCGCCCUGAUCGUUUUGACUGGCUCGAGGACGGGCUCGGUUCUCGGAGUGCGGAUGAAGCUGGGGGCCACGUUUCGAUACCAAAGUUAGCCUUCACGAUCCCACACGCUCGCAAACACAGACAUAUCGUACUCGUGUGUGCUAUACUGAAAGAAGAAAACGCGGAGUGCGUUGGCAGUGUUAACUGAGUGAGCGGAGAGCAGCAGCAGGCGUCUGUGUGGCGCUCUUCAAUUUUCUACGACACUCGUAGAAGCUUCGGGGGACGUUGGUUGUUGAAAAAACGCGUGGACCGAUGACCGAGGGAUAUUUUUUUCUCCCCAACGACGGAGUGCUCCGUGACACGUACGAAGAGGUGUGCAACAGCGAUUCGUAGGCCACUGUUGAAGCUGCAGCCGCUCGGCAAAGUCCCAUCGGUCGUUGGUCUCCGGGGAUGGCGGACGCCGAGUGAUCGGCCUGGAGGAAAUUUCGGAUCCUUUUGAAAGGGAGUGCCAGUGCGCGGUGUCGCGGCCCGUCUCAUCCGUUAAUUCUCGACUCGGACAAGUUGUGCGAGAGAUCGAAUGAUGCCCGAGUGUAAAGUUGCCCGAAACGACUUGGUCUCGUCAACGGCAGCGACCCCAAAAGCCGCUUCCUCGAGGUCAGCGCUUGAUAAACGUGCGGACACUUGCCGAAGAUCGACCGGGCGUUAGUGCCAAGCCAGAGAAAGAUGGCGGCCUGCCAUCCGAGGCCGCCUUUACAACAUCUUCAGCAACAUCGUCAUAUUCAGGAUGGAAAUAACGGAGCUUUCGGGCUAAACGCUCUUCAGAAUCCCCUGGGGCCCGGCACCCAGGCACUGACCUCCUUGUCCCAACAGCAACAACAACAACAACAACACCUGCUCCACCAAGCGAACAACCACCCUUAUCCACCCCACCUUUUAAACUGGGUUUACUUGGCGAUCGCUGAUCAGAAUCCGGCUCAUCAGCAACCACCCUCGGACCAGUUACAGAGCAAAUUGCUACCGACGAUAUGGGGGACGAGCAACUACUCGGCUACCAACGGGACGCAGCCUCCAACGAGCUAUCUCCAACGACAGCCACAACACAAGAGGUGCCCUCUGAGCCCGUGCACGGUCCUCGGCAACGGAAGCCUCGUCUCGAGCAUCGGCGAUCUCGCCGAUCAUUUCAACGAGCUCGGUAUCCUCGAUCGUAAACCCGUCAAACGACCUCCUGCCACGUAUCUCUGUCAUCUCUGCUUCAAAAAGGGCCACUACAUCAAGGACUGCCCUCAGGCCAGACCGAAGGGCGAGGGUCUGACACCUUACCAGGGCAAGAAACGCUGCUUCGGCGAAUACAAAUGUCCAAAGUGCAAACGCAAAUGGAUGUCGGGUAACAGUUGGGCAAACAUGGGCCAGGAGUGCAUAAAGUGUCACAUUAACGUCUACCCUCACAAGCAGGUGAGUCUGGGGACGGCCGGAGUAUCUUCCGUGCCGUCGUCCCCGUCUCACGCCUCAAUCAACUAUUACUCCUCGUCCUCAAUCCGUUACCGCCCCCUGGAAAAACCGGACGGUCUCGACGUUUCGGAUCAGAGCAAAGUCCAUCCGCAGCAUUUGUGCGAAAAAUGCAAAACUCUCGGUUACUAUUGCAGACGCGUGCAAUGAAGAACAUUGUAAAAUAUAGUUUUUAUAAAAAAUAAUAACACGAGAAGUCGAAUAUGAAAAAAAAGCGUGGCAGAUGCUGGAAAUUUAAAGCAGAAACACUCACAAUUGUACGUUAGGAAUUUAUUCAUCGUUAUUUUUUGCCUUCUCGAAAACAUGUAUGUGUAUAAAUUCUGGUCGAAUACUAUUGCCAUGAACAAACUUUGAUAUGUAUAAAUUCGGGUGAUUCGCGUACUUGAAACAAUGUAUUGUACCAUAAUGUAUUGUACUCAAACAAUUUACCCAUCGAUGCUAUACCAAAGUUGAUACUUUUAAGGCUUCUCACUGCUAGCUACGGUGUGUGCCAUAUUCUUUCUACGUGCCACGAUAAUUCAGAGUUGAAAAACAAAAAAAAAAAUAAUGUUAUCCAUGAGAUUUAUUCUUAGAGAGCGUUGAAAAACGUCGAUGUUUUUUUAAGAAAUUUAAACCAAAGACGUUUAUAUUGCAUAUGUAUAUGUAUAAUGUACUCAAGAUCGAAAGAUAUGUAUAAAUAUUUGUCGACGUAUUGAAUACACGAGUCAAAAGAAUUUGCGACCGUAAAAGAUAUAUCAUUAGCCGUCUGGUGGUGAAAGUUAAAACUGUCGGAAAGGUGAUUUCGAAGCUUCUGAUCCAACCGUCGAGGCGUGGUCGAGGCAGUUUCUCGUAAGUUUCAGUAAGUUAACCUACUGAUGAGUCUGUGACCUGUGACCGUACCGAGGACAAAACGCAACGACCCCAUAAUAUUUUCCAGCGCUACGCACUGCGUAGGGAUCUCCCUUACCAUCGUAACCAUUUCCUUUCUUACCUACAAACUCCUCGACGUACUCAUAUUCUGUGAAGGCUUGUCGCAGCACAACAGUGUCGUUCAAACCGCGAAUUAUAAUUUUCUGUUGGGAAUCCCCAUUCUUCUUUCCUCAUGGAGGAACGCAUCCCCUCUUAUUCUUUGUUAUGCUUAUCAACUGCGACGUUCUACUACUUAUUCUGUGACAAUUCGAUACCUCGGCGACUCACAACAGCGACUCGAUUAUACUAUUCCAUUUUUAAUUCACCUAGAUACAGCUACUCCGAAGUAUUUUCUCAACGACAGCAAAAUUUUUCUUCAUUUCGAAAUAAAAAGAUACUUUUGUUGCUCUUGACCAUCGGAACCGAUAACUUUCGAUUUUGGAAGUGGUAAAAUGAAUUCGUUAAGCAAUCGUCGAUUGUUCGGUGAAUACAAGUGUCCAAAAUGCAACAGGCGAUGGAUGUCGGCCAACAGUUGGGCAAACAUGGGCCAAAAAUGCAUAAAUUGUGAUAUUUAUGUUAAACCUCACGAACUGCGCCCCUUGGAACGACCUGAUGGCCUCGAUGUCUCUGAUCCCUUGAAAAACCAUCCUCAGGAUCUGUGCGAAAAAUGCCAACAGCUCGGCUACUUUUGCGGGCAGUUACGAUGAAAUAAAUAUUGUCAUGCACAUACUAAGUAUAUUCCUCUUGAAAGUGUACAUGUAUGCCUAAGAACUUUUUUCAUAAUUAAUACUGAUGAUAAUAAACCUGAACACGUGCUAA